UCACCUUGUGAAACUAUCCACAGUCAGUAUAUACGGUCAGCUUUGUGCACAAAGACACGGCCACUCAGCGAUACUUUUCCCAAACUGAAAUCCCCUUCAGGGGAGGGAGAGAGAGAGAGAGAGAGAGAGACGGGGAGCGAGAGGGGACUGCAGAACACACAGGGUCUGGAUGAAUAACCAUGGCAACAGCAGCAGCAGCAGGAGAAGCGAUGAUAUAAACAUUUACAUCCGCGCAUCCGUCUGCAAACAGCUAUUCACUCCAGUAGAGGCUUGGACCAGAAACCCUCUGCGGAUAUCACUCCACAUCAGCGCUAAGGUGAUGAGUGGGAUCAUAUCAUGUCUGAAGUACAGGGAACAGUGGAGUUUUCUCUAGAGUUGCACAAGUUUCACAAUGUGGAUCUCUUUCAAAGGGGGUUCUACCAGAUACGAGCAGGGCUGAAGGUCUCACCUCGAGUGCCCCACAGGGUCAUAGCAGCAACACAAGACAAUGCAGGAGAGUGCAGCUUCAGCUCUGCGGGGGUUUACGACGGCACCGUGUUCAGCCGGAUAUUUCAGAUCCUGUACAGAAACGAGGAGAUUGCGGUGAAUGACUGUAUGAUCUUCAAAGUCCACCUGCUAUUGGACGGAGAACGGGUGGAGGAGGCCUUGAGUGAGGUGGAUUUUCAGUUGAAGCUGGAUCUUCAUUUCACUGACAAUGAGCAGCAGUUGGCCGAUAUAGCGACUGUCCCCUUGAUCAGCAGUCGGACCCUCAGCCUCCAUUUCCACCCGCGAAGAGGCCUCCACCACCACGUCCCUGUCAUGUUCGACUAUUUCCACCUGUCAGUCAUUUCUGUCUCCAUCCACGCUUCACUGGUUGCCUUACAUCAGCCCCUGCUCAGCUUUGCCCGUACGGGGAAGGGCUCCUGGCUUGGGAAGGGCUCGCCAGAGAGCACGAACGACCCGUCCGCCAUGUCUGUAGAGAACCUCGUGUUCGGCGCUGGCUACUGCAAACCUGUCAUCUCUGAGGGAAGCUUUUAUGUGCCCAGUGAAAACUGCCUGCAGAGAGCUCAUACGUGGCACCGGCGACUCUGUCGCCUCCUGUUGGUGGCACACAGAGGCCUGCACACGUACUACACAGCACUCAUGAAGGAGAUCCCGCAGCUGCAGCAGAUUCCUCUGGAAUCAGAUGUGUCGCCUGUAGAAGAAACUCUAAAUCAGCUGACAAUAGAGCUACAGCUGCAAGAAGGCCACGAGAAGGUAGCGGAGCAGAUCAGCAGGGACGUAAGCCAGCUCUGCUUCCAGCUGGCUGCUCUGUGGAGCUGCUUCCUGGAGGCCGCUGUGUUCAACCCCCACAUCCUGUCCUAUCUGGCCCAGGAGCACCACACGCUCAGGGUCAGGAGGUUCUCCGAGGCAUACUUUUUCACCGAGCACCACAAAGAGAUAUCUCUGACAUUUCAAGAGGAAUUAAUCAAUAGACACGGCCAGAUAGCUGCAGAAGUACGGAGCUCAGACUACUUGACCAAGAUGCCUCCUUUACCUGUUGAGUGCCUGGACAUCGAUGGAGACUGGAACAGCCUGCCUAUCAUCUUUGAGGACAGAUAUGUGGAGUCUCCUCAAACACAGUACACAUCACAUGUGCCAAUGCCUGCAACUGCGGAUGAACAAACCAACUUAGAUCUUGCCAAGAGGAUUCUCGAAAGCAGCCAAGAAGCCGUAUCACCAGCAGUACCCAAGGAUUCUCUGGGUAGUGAAUGCACGGACCUGCCCUUGUAUGUCUCGCUCAAAGCAGACCAGAAUAAGAGCGACACCAGAUGUACCCAGAACAUCAUUCCUACUGAGGGCAGAACUGAACUUUCCGCGGCAGUGAAGGAUAACUUGACGGAAGCAGCAGAAAAUCACAGCCAAAAUAAGGAGAGCUAUAGUUCAGGCGAGAUCUACGUUGCAAAUAAGUCAUGUGAUCCUUGUAGAGGAGAGGCACUUUUGGCUCCCUCCUCAAGCUUUAGUCCCCUCACAGAUUCUGUAGACAACAGUGACAAGUCUUCUCAUCCUGUAACAGAAGUAAUUGCCCAACUUUGUGAUGCCACAAACCACAGCAAUGCAAUAGAGAAUGAAAACACUGCAGACCAGUCUAACAUCGCCAUGCCUUUAAAUCACUCAGUGGAUGAUGAAAGUGAGGAUGUCCCUCCUAUCAGUGUACCUGCUGGCUGUCCAGUAAUACCACUCUUUCCGGGUGAGCUCAGAAAAGAGACGACUCAUCGCGGAGGUUUGGUCGGCACCAAGGUCAUGAAGCGCUCGUCCUCUGUUAUUUCAGACUCUGGUAUCGAGAGUGAGCCCAGCUCUGUAGCGUGGCCAGUGGAGGCCGCACUGCGAGGACGACCCCCUCUGGACUUUUCCAGCGAACGGGAGAUCCCACAGCAAAUAGUGUUAAAUCAUCCGGUGCACCGCAGCUAUCUGGAAGGCCUGCAGAUGGAGAGCAACGGCAGCCUUCCAAGUGGAGGUAUACAGGCUUCACUUACAUCAAUUAGUUCUCUGCCCUAUGAGGAGGAUCAGCAUCAGAGGCAGCUAAGCAAGCUGACCAAGUCUGUUUCUGCGCCGCAGAUAAGUAGCCCAGAAGAUGUAGAGGAUGGCCAUAUGCUGCUCAACCAGGAAACAGAUUGCAAGAGCUUAGUACAACAUGAAGAUUCAUGUAGGACAAACUGUUCUUUGUACAGCAACCUGGAUUCUGAACAGUCAGAAUUAUCUCCAUUAGACAUGAGUUCAUCAUCAAAUCCUGGCCAUAUUGUCAAGGAGAAUGGGACCUCUGAAAAGUCAAACUCUCCACAGUACCUGUCAGAGACAUACAGGAUAAAGUCAGCGUCAAGCAGUGUUUCUGAAGUAUUACUUUUACAAGAGUCUGCAGAAAGCCCUCAUGUCAAGGAAAGUGCUGUUAUUGGCAGCCAGAGGGAGAAUACGAACAAUCAAACACACAUCAGUGGAGUAACCUCAGUGAAGGAUGUCUUUGUCGUUGAAUCGGAAACAGUGCCCUGUGGCUGUGGAAACAAACCAUGUGUGCAUGAAAGUGCAACAGAUCAGGAGAGGAUUAACACAGGAGAUGAGUGCCAAAGUUUCCAUCAGACCCAACUAUUCGGGCCUGAGAAACAUGAAUGUCUAGAUCCCUCACAGAUACUUAUAAAACCUUCAUGCUUCAGUGAUCUGUCCAACAGUAACAGCACCACACAGAGGCCAAGUGACCCCUUGGGCGUGACAAACAGAGAGAUAGUGUCACCUGCUGAUGUAAAUGGACUAUCGAGCUGUGAGAAAGCGUCUUUGGACUGCCAAUCCAAGGCCUCCAAGAUCCCUAACUCAGGACUAGCCUUUGUGAACAAGAAGAUGGUGGAGGUGGUGAACAUGUCAGUCUCCUGUGCCCCAACCUGCCUCCCAUUUUCAUCCGUCCUGAGAGACUCUCCAUCUAUUAGUGGAAUGUCCACUCGUCAGACUACCUCACCUAUCACCCAUCAGCCUCUGGGCUCCUUCGGUAUCAUCUCCUCAUCUUCACUCAGUCCCCUGAACAUGGAUGAAGAGACAAAUGAACGAAUGCUGAAUUUCUACAAAGCCAAAGAGGAGCUGUUCAAAGAGUUGAGCUUCCAGGCCAGCUUGUACAGCGACCUCCCGUUCCUGGCAUCAGAUCUCCCCUACUUCCCUCCUGAAGAGGAUGACGAGGAGUUUGAUGACGGCAUACACCUGGUGGUUUGCGUCCAUGGGCUUGAUGGAAACAGUGCUGACCUUCGGCUUGUGAAGACUUUCAUAGAGCUGGGACUGCCAGGAUCCAGGCUCGACUUCCUCAUGUCUGAGAGGAACCAGGCCGACACGUUUGCAGACUUCGACGCCAUGACGGACAGGCUGCUGGAUGAAAUCAUUCAGCACAUCCAGCUCUACAAUCUCACCAUAGGCAGGAUCAGCUUCAUCGGCCACUCUCUGGGGAACAUCAUCAUCCGCUCGGUGCUGACGAGGCCUCGCUUCCGCUGCUAUUUGCCCAAACUGCACACUUUCCUCUCGUUGUCAGGGCCACACUUGGGAACGCUGUACAACAACAGCACACUGGUCAGCACAGGUUUGUGGUUAAUGCAGAAGCUGAAAAAAUCGGGAUCUUUGCUGCAGCUCACCUUCAGAGAUCACGUUGAUCCACGGAAAACGUUCCUCUAUCUCCUGAGUCAGAAACCAGGGCUCCAGUUCUUCAAGAACGUUGUGCUAGUGGCGUCUCCGCAGGACCGCUACGUUCCUUUUCACUCUGCCAGAAUAGAGAUGUGCAAAACCGCUCUCAAAGAUAGAACCACAGGGCCCGUGUACACCGAGAUGAUCAACAACCUCCUGCAGCCACUCGUAGAAGCUAAAGAGUGCCGUCUGAUCCGCCAGAAUGUGUUCCACGCUCUACCCAACACAGCCAACACGCUGAUCGGCCGCGCCGCCCACAUCGCCGUCUUGGACUCUGAGCUAUUCCUGGAGAAGUUCUUCUUAGUGGCAGGACUCAACUACUUCAAGUAAAGGUGCUCCUACUGCAGGCUUACUGGACCGAUCUGAAUGGUGGAUAAAGGAGUCUAAAGGAAGGGGAUGAGGUCAUUUUACCCUGUACAAUAGAUGUAAUGUAUAUAUUUCCUGGUAUCCAAGAGGCCAGAUUUGUAUAUCCCAUUUGUUAGGAUGGUUAGCAGCUGUUAAUAAAGGAUUGGUAUAUUGUGACUGUUUAAACCGCUAACUCAGAAGUCUGAGUUUGAUGUGUAGCCAGUCAAAGCAAAACAUCUGACAUCGAUGACAGGAUUGAUUGUAGAUGUUUUGUUGGCCUUAUGAAUAACCUCUCAGCCAGAACACUAACAGAUGCUAAUUGUGGUUUAAAGCAUUUACUUACUUUCCCUUUAGAGUUGGUUUAGAGCCUUUGCUAUCGCUGGUUGAUUGAAUUCUUCUUUAAGGGUUACACUAAUGAUAGUCUUACACUAUCCUUACAAGGCAAUAGAUGCAUAGCAUUUAUGUCCUUGGUUGUACAUGAAGUAUUUUGUUGUACGAAACAUAGAUGUUCAUUUAUACAGAAAUGACUAUAUUGUUUAAAAUUAUUUAUUUUUUACCUGCUUAUGUUAUCUACAGUGUAAGUAGUCCGUCUACAUUUAAGUCUCUAUGUGCUAUUAUCAUCAAAUGUGUCAAAUGAAGAAGUGUGUUGUCUGUAUGUUUAUCUGUACAUCUCGAAAAAUCUUGCUGUCCAUGACUAGCUAAGUGUUAGGCUACAACAAACAUUUGCAUAGAAGUGUGCAGUAAAGUAUAUUUGAUAAGAAAUGAUCCUACCUGCUGUGAUAGCAUUUACUUUGUAAUUGUGUUUUUGUACUGACUUAGUAACAGAUUAACAAGAUUCAGGAUCGGACCAUUUGCUAAGCCCCACCUCCCCUUAGUUACCAUCGUGCCACCUGUCGAGUUUUUCAGCCUCUCAAGGCCCUUAUGCAAUUUAGAAUGAUACCCCUCCAACCUGCAGUAAUGUUUACAUUACUAAAAUGUGAUGUCAGACCUAAGUAGACAAAAGCAGACCUGUCACUGCUCCUGGAUUUUUCAGCGUUAGCUAGCUAACCAAUCAAGCUAAUCUCAGCUACUUGACUAUCAUACCUCUGUUUGACUUUGUUGCCUACAAUUUUUCCUUUUUUAAGCUGAAUUUAGACAUAACAUAGCUUUAUUUGUAUGAUUUUUACACGUUUUGGGGUAUGUUGGUUGGGGAAGCCAACAUCCCAAAAUGUGUUAAACAGCACACAAAGGAAAAAUUAGUACAAGUUGUGAUUAGACGUUUUUAUACUGAUUCUGUAGACAUUUGACCACCAACCAUUCAUCACCCAUUUUAGACAUGUGCCAAAAAUGGUGACAAGAUCAGUUGAAGACUAGACACAAAAGCUUGCGACUUGGCAUUAUAUAAAAAGUGAAUGUGAAUUUGGCAUUUGGGAUUUUUGGAACGAGAAGUGUAUAUGUAGAUUCAUCCAUAGACUGCUUUAUAUAGAGACCAGCUCAUCAGUUCUAACAUGUAUUUAAAACAAUAUUAAAUUUCCACUCAAAGAAAAAAUGUUUUUGGACUUCUUAGAUGGUGUGUUUGAAAUAAAUAACAGCACAGCAAGCCAUAGUAUUUGUCAAAUAAUGCAAAAAAAUAAAUAAAAAAAAGAAACCAGCUCCAAAUACAAGAUACUGUACAGUAUGUGGCUUUAAACACGCAUUCCUUCUAAUGACCAGAAGGGGGCGACUCCUCUUGUAUCAAAAAGAACUCCUAUAGUCAAUGGAAAAAUUGCCCUUGGCUCUUCUGAUCUCUUUUAUGGUGUCAGUGGCUAGCACAGUGCAUGUUUGGUAAAUUCUGGUCCUUAGUAGCUUAAAAAAACAGUAAAAGGGUAGAAACCCUUAGGCCAGGGCUGCUUUGUGGUUGACAAGCAAUGUUCCCUCUAAUUUUUCAUGUGUCUGAGCGAACACACAAACUCCCUGAGCGAUCCCUUGGACCACUGUGAGCGACAUCAGACGUGUGCACUGUGGUCACGCCAGCAUCGAAUCCAUCCAAGUUACAUGGUUUAUUAAAAUAAUCAAGUUACAGCAAUUACAUUUAUGUUAGACUACUUUUAAACUGCUUUAGCCCACUUACAAUGAAAAUGUAAAAAAAAAAUCUAGCCAUUGGCCUGUGUAGUAUGUUAACACUAUUGGAAGUAAAAAUAAUUUGAACUCCAAUUUCGAAAACACAACUUUCUUUUCUUUCUUUCUUUCUUUCUUUUUUUUUUAAAUAAAGCUCUGACUUGUAUUAUGAGUCUGAGUCUGUGGUCUGGGAGAGAGUCCUGUUACUCUCUGUCUGCAAAAUACAGUAUAUAAUGACCAAUGCUGGGCAAUUAAUCAUAUAGUUACUCCUCAAAAAAGUAACUCAGUUUGGCAAACAAAGUUUUUUGCAGCUAUUUUUUUAAAUGCAGUCAAUGCAUUUUUAAAUAAACAUUUCAAACUAUUUACAGAACAAUCAGCUGUUCUGCAUCAAAUCUGAUGCCACACAAAUUAUUUGUGCCACUCCAAAAAAUUUCUGUCCACUAUGAGAUAAAGGAGAACAACAGCCUGAUACCUGCAGGCCUGACAACAGGAGAUGUAUCACUCCUGUAACACCUGUAACAUUCAGCAGUCACCUCAUUGUUCUGACACACACAACAAAAUUAUUGACUACACUACACACUAACUACACAAGAUUUGCGCUAAACGUCUCAAAUCUCUCACAUCUCAAAAUACGCCGUCACUCCUAAAACUUCCCCCCUUUUCUUAACAACUAGAUGCCACGUUGCCAUACCAUUUUUUGAUUGGUCGACAUGGUACUUUUUUUGGACGAAUAGGAAAGAGAGAGGGGGGUGGGGGUUUGUUUUUGCUCACAGGCGGAGAGCGCUUUCGAGCCUUUUUUCUUAUAAAACGCAGUUUUUACCGUUUCUUCCCGCAGUAAAUAUAAACAACGAUAGUAUUCAGGAAGAAAACCAAACAUUGCAUAUUUUUUUUAUCAUAACUCUGGUUUUACGUGGCCUAUCAACACAAUUUAAAAACUGGUAUAAAGUCCACACUUUUUCCGUCAAUUGUUCGUCUGUCCUGCUCACAUCUCCAAUGGUUGUACACGUUGUCAUUAACGUGGCUUCACUCCACAUCAGCCACGCUGCUUUGCUAGCUAAAACACCGGUGUCGGCACAUAAGGACGCUGUCAUAGCCUGUCAACCACGUUGAUUAGCUGCGUAUAUACGAAUGUGAAUCGCAUUAUUGGCUGGACUAUGGGAUAAGGUGGUAUCUAAUCCCAUACGGGAGCAGCCAGUCACUUACUGACUAACACUGAAAAACAGAAUUGUUAAAGUUUUAAUUUUAAUUUCAAUUCAGGUUAGAUUUUUUUUUUGUGCGCAACGCAGAUUUUCUGUGAGACCGUGUCAGCAGUGCGCAAUUGCGCACGUGCGCAGCUUAGAGGGAACAUUGUUGACAAGUGGCUGCUGCAUGUGUAUGCAAUGCAUUUUGGUUUCUCUGUCAGUUUCCCCUCUCACAUCUGGUUUAAAAACACCAAUGUAGCGACAGUGAAAAUGUUCAGCCCUCAGCACAGUACAGCACAUUUUCUUCCAAAAGGUAACGUCACAUUUAUCUGAAGUCAAUCUACAACUGAUUUUUUUUAUAUAUGUCACAACCUAUAACACAAAUUAUUCAUCUACUUUGGCCCUGACAUCUUCUUUGGAUGUGGAAGUGGAUAGGUUACAAUGAUGUAAGAUGUAAAUGCAUACACCUGCAGCUGAUGGUAGCACCCAACAUUAUCAUACCCUCCCAUACUUUUGUGCCUACUUUUGGUUUUGGAACAAGCCACGGGCAGCGUUUAGUUCUGUUGCUUCACUGGUUUGAACCCCAGCUGGGAAUUUCUGUGUUGAGCUUUCGUGUUUUCCCUGUGAAUGAGCAGGUUUUCCUCGGGGUGCUCUUCCUCCACAGUCCAAGGAGUCUAAAUUGGCCAUGCAUGUGAUGUAUAGAUAAAAUAUUUAAACUGCAUCGAGUAAAGCACUCUAUGAAUGUAUGUUUAAGUGUGGCUUGGAGUCCAAAGCACUUUGAUUCAUCAACAAAGCUAGAAAAGCACUGUAUAAAUGCCCACGCACUUAAACAUGCAGAAAUCCAAAGCUUGACAGGCUCCUUGUGCCUAAACGAGUCCCUACGAUGGAGCGAUAGCUAACCGGGGGAGAGGUUUAGCAAACAAUUUUUCCUUUGACGUGAUGAAUAUUUAACAAUCUAACAAUGCUGAAGCAAUUUUAUAGAAUUACUGCUAUAAAAUAUAAAAUUAUAUACAACUACUAGUAGUUGUAGCCUCUAGUUAAUCAGUUAUUUUGAUAAUGCGUCUUGAAUCUCGAAUGGCAGGCGGUAAACAGGCUUGCUGAUAUAAUCAACGGCAGAUUUGAUGUGCAUGUAUGUGACAAAGAUUUGCCAUUCAUGACUGAACGAUACAACAGACUAUUGUGGUCUAAUGAGGAUCUAUUUUCUAAUUAGCCAUGUAAAGCUGUAGAUUAAAAUCCUUUGAAAUGCAUUGCUUUUUUUUUUUUUAAUUGGUGUAAAUCAGGGUGUCAUUGCUUUUGUUAUCCUGGAUGAUUCUGUGUAAUACUGACACACUGCCAAGAUUCUCCCCCGCACACUGUCUACGCAAUGUGAUGCAUGAUGAUAGCAGGGAACUGCUGUGCAAGCAGUCGAAUGUUCUCUUGAACAUGUAACAUGACGUGUUGUGAUCUCAUCAACUUUUCCCACAUCCUUGGCUGUCAGACGCAAAGUGUUGUUUUCUAGCAUCCUGGCGAGGAUUGUUUCCUCACCGCCGUGCUGUUCAUCAGACAGUGUUUACAUAUUCUCAUAUUAGAGAACUGUCACACACGUCUCAUUUCCAGCUGUAGUUAUGCAUCUGCUGCAUAUGUAGUUAUGUACAGACAGAGAGAUAUAUUUUAACCUUUGCACUGGUUUAAAGUGCACUUUGUUAUUCCACUAGCUUUACAAACUACAAACAGCUAUUUAUUUUUUCUUUUUUAGAUCUGAAGGUCACGUCCUGUUCUCAUUGUAAAAACUAACCUGUCUGUCUUGGCUGUACAAGCAUUGUUUUUUGUUCAAAGCGUGCUGUCUCAAAGAACAACCGGUGACACGGCAAAGUGCUUUUUUUCCUCGUGUGGAAGCUGCUGCUCUGUCACUGUGAUCGACUCUAACCAAAUGGGUUCCUUAAGGACGAUGGUUCUCAAAGAGCCGCUAAGCAAAGCUGCGCAAGCAGUCUGCUGGAGCUCCCGUGUAUCAUGCACCACAAACACACAUACUGUAUAUGGCUGAGGCUUAAGCUUGUUUGCUUUUCCUUUGUGUGUGUUUACUCAAAGGAGUCGGCAGGAAUCAAUGGAGGGAAAAAGUGAUGGAGAGGUAUUGAGAUUGACCCCUUCAAGGGCAAACAGAGGUAUGAAAUUGCUUUAUGAGAUGGAUGGCUGUCCUGCAAAAGGUUUCAUUUGAAGGUUUCAUCAGAAAGAAUUGUAUUUACAUCACUCAUAGCUCUCUUUUUUACCAAAUAUUUAUUGGCUGUUAACUGUACAUUUAUGUCGUUGAGUAAAUUCUAUAAACCCAACACUUGACUGACUUGAACCAUUUUGUAUUUGACUUUUUAGAGAGCCUUGUUUAUGUGUAGCACAUGGAGGUGUGUAUGGAAACUGUGUUAUAUGUCUGUGAAAGCUCAUCUGUCUUCGCUGUCCCUAUUAUUUUGGACCCUCCAUUUGUUUGAUCUGAUUAUAAAAAUGUUUUGUGUCCCUCAAAGAAUCAUUAAUUUAUUUCAUUCUGCAUUUCUUUUGCUGAAUGUACAACAUGUAAAGUAUAAAACAAAUACUACUUCAUCUGUGCCAAUACUACUAUAAUAUUUUUCUAUGUUGCUGACUGUACUGUACGCAUUCCUUAGUAGCUUGUGUUCAAUGUAGAAAUAGAAAUAUAAUUAUAUGCAGUAUAUAGCAUAAUAUUGUUAUAACAUAUAUGAAAAAAAUAAAUGACAAAUGUUCUUUUGCAUAAUUA